AGCCACCUGUUGAAUGAUUUCCGGGGGUUGAUGAUAACAAUCAUAAAUAUGAGUUUACAUAUAUCGUUGAUUUCUCAAGUGAACUUCUUAAUUAUUGAUCAAACGUAGUCAGUUUUUGAUCGCAUAUCACGCUGUUGGUUACAUCUGGAAAGCAUGGAAAUUGAAAAUUUACCCAAUGAGAUUCUGGAGCAGAUUCUCCGUUUGCUAUCGGUAGAGGAACUAGAGAGCGCAGCCCUAGUUUGUCUGUCCUGGAAGAACAUUAUUCUGACGACCAUAAUCCCAAAAUAUGUUGCAAUUCACAUUAAACCUGUGCAUCCCGUCACACAUCAGUUGGUCGCUGUUCCUUCCGUUCUCUCAACACAAAUUAUGAGUCCGUAUCCCAAGUCGCACUACAAGAUUACGAUUCCCGAUGAUGAAUUGCCAAAGUGUACUGAAUUCAUAACUUUUUUCCAGCACUGUGGUUCGAAUUUGAAAUCACUAAACUUACAGGUUAUGCAAUUGACCGAAUCGAUACUUGAAGUCUUUCCCUAUCUUUUCAAUUUAGAAGAACUGAUUCUUACCACAGAAUCUGACGACGCUUAUGGUUCCCUUCCUGAGAGCGUUGAACAGUAUCUUCGUGGACUUAAAAGUCUAAAAUCUUUAAAACUCCAUCUCCCAAAUUAUCUCAUUAUUCGCAACCCGGCUUUCUUCUCGACAAACUCGUUAACCGCUCUUUGCUUCGAACGAUUCGAAAUCGAGCUGCGUUUUUUGAAGCCCUUCCUUUCCCAGUACUCCAACACGCUUCGCGAGCUGACCGUGAGGGUGGAGGAAAUGAAACCGUUCCUUCAUUACAUCAACUCUCUACCAGAUCUUAAACUGUUGAAACUCAACAUAAAAAGCGCCGGUAACGAGGAUGAUUUCACCGAUGCUCUAAUCCAACUGUUCGACCAGCAGCCCCAGCUGCGUGUCCUUAAAAUCGGUUCCGAACUUUCACUCCGUUCCGUUAAUGUUAUCCCCAAGAUGCUGCCCCACCUGAGGGAGCUGGACUUCAUCGCCGAGAGUGUCCACGACUGCAAGGCAUUUGCGGGUCUGCAACAUCUCCGCAAACUAACCAUGUCACUGUACGAUGUGCGAGCGUGGGAUGAAACGGCUCGCCUCGAGAGUGUAGUUGAGUUUGCUCUUUCCGUUACCUUCCCGCUGGUUUCGCCAGCGAUUUUCUACUCGUUCCCCAGCGUUCGGCGUUUCUAUCUGGAGGAUGUCGACGACGAGACGCUCAUGCGAGAUAUUGUCGUUGUACAAACGCUGAUGGAGAACAUCCGGGGGGUGGAAUAUUUGGAUUUGGAGAACUACGUGUUACGAGAACGAGAAAUUUUGAACGAUAGCGUGGAAUCCUUUGCGAGUCUCGAACACUUGAAGAUGCUCAAAUACAGCUGCCGUGACAUGUCGGACGCUUCGCUUCUAACGAUGGUUUUACCAGAAUUGCGCGAGUUGCAUUUAACUCACUGUCCUGGAGUCUCAUUUAAAGGGAUUUCAAUUUUGACCAGAAAUUGUCCCUUGAUUGAAACACUACAUAUCGAGUACAACAAAGUGGGCUUCAACGAUGACUGUAUGGAUAUCAUCACGCGUAAGCUGGGUAAUCUAAAGCGACUCUACCUGGUUAAUCUGAAGGAGUUGAGCAAUGAGACGAUUGAAUUGAUUCUAACGAACUGUAGGAAAUUGAAAGAACUUACAUUCUCAUAUUGCGUAGGAAUUACUAUGGGGAAAGCCGAAGCCAUUGGAAGAUUGAGUGCAAUGAAAACGUUACGUAGUCUGAUCUACAGUUAAGCAGUUCGCUGUGGCAAUUUGAAUCGGAAGUCGUUCAAUCGUAGCAAAUUGGCAAGAUACACAAUAAAGACGCUUCGUUAAAGUCGUUAAAGUACUUGGCUCAUGGUAUAUUCUCUUAAUCUUUCCUGAUUUCCCAUUGUCCUGUGUUCUAGCCAGCCUUGGAGACCAUGGUAUGACUCAACAUUCAACACUGUCUAUUUAUUUCCUACGGUGGAAUGUUUCAUUCCACAGGCAAUAUAAUCCUUUAAAUUCUUUGGUUGAACUCUAACUCAUUUUGUAGAUAGAGAUGCUUUCUGUUCAUUCUGCCACGCGAAUUCUUCUGAAGACAAUACUUCGUUCUUCAGCUCAUCCACUUCUUCGCUCGAGCCUCUUGGUGCCAUCAUACUCAGUUCUUGCUCAGCCAUUAAAUCUUUGAUACACGCUAU